AUGCCUGGUCAGCCACCGUACUAUAACAGUUACGGGUACAACGAGGGAUACGACGAUGAGGAGGAGCAAGGGCGGCCUCAGGUGCGAAUUGGCCGUUCUGACGAAACACCAACUCUGCUCUCGAUGAACUUCCCCCAGGACAGCCCCUCUGCUCCCUCACCGGUUGCCUCAGGGAAUCCCUAUGUGAAUGGACAGAGGACGUCUUACAAUUUCGACACCCCGGACUAUCCGACGUACAGCGGCUACGUCAGUAGCUACGACGACCCCCUCACUGGCUCAGUUUAUGACCAGAGACCGUCUUUUGAACUCAACCAGCUGAAUCCCGGCCAGCCUGAAAGUGCCGGGGCAGCUGCAGACUCCUCAUGGCAGAACAUGUACAGCUACCAGGACAACAAUCAUCUCUUAAGUCCUGUUUAUUCUCCAUCGCAUGUGGUCAAAGAUCCUGAAUCCCAAAAUUACAUGGAGCCCGGCCGCUUGAAUGUGUUUGGAAUGUCCAAUUCGGACGAGUAUGCCGAUCAGGAGGACGAACACUAUGUGUUCCCCAUUAACGGUGAUGAAUAUGCUUUGAAUACGUGGGGCGACGAAAGCACAGAAGUGGCUAGUGAUACUGAUGUCGAGGAUACGGACAAUGAAUACGACAACAAUGGACGCACAAAUCCCCGAAAGGUUCAGCUUUUCCGGGGUAAUCUUGUCCUUGAUUGUCCUGUGAGUGAUCGCUUGUUAUCCCAGUAUCCUGAACAUCAGCCGGUUCGCGAGUUUACCCAUAUGCGUUACUCUGCUGCGACAUGCGACCCUGCAGACUUUGUUGCAAACGAUUUCACACUCCGUCAGCGAUGCUACAGCUCGCCCAGAAGCACGGAGCUUUGCAUUUGCAUCACCAUUUACAAUGAAGACGACAUUCUCCUGGCUCGCACCUUACAAGGCGUAUUCAACAACAUCCGUCAUUUGUGCAGUAGAUCACGAUCAAAGGUGUGGGGUUCAGAGGCCUGGAAAAAGGUCGUUGUGGUUGUUGUUUCUGAUGGCCGUGAAAAGCUCAACCCGAGAGCGAAGGCAUUGAUGGCAGCCCUGGGUGUAUAUCAAGAGGGGUUUGCUAAAAACAUGGUCAACGACAAGCCUGUCGAGGGCCAUAUUUACGAGUAUACGACAAUGGUGCGAAUUGCUAGCGCCAAUGAUACUGUGCGUUUGACUACUAAAAACGCUGUUCCUGUGCAAAUGCUGUUUUGCCUCAAGGAGAAGAACAAAAAGAAAAUCAACUCCCAUCGAUGGUUUUUCCAGGCGUUUGGGCCUAUUUUACAGCCUAAAGUAUGUGUGCUUCUGGAUGCGGGUACUCGCCCUGGUAACCACGCUAUUUAUCAUUUAUGGAAGGCAUUCGAUAAAAACUCACAGAUUGCUGGUGCUUGUGGAGAAAUUGCUGCUGCCCUAGGAAAGGGCUACUCGAAACUGUUCAAUCCGUUAGUUGCUGCACAGAAUUUCGAGUACAAAAUGUCUAAUAUUCUCGACAAGCCCUCUGAAUCUGUUUUUGGCUUCAUCACAGUUUUACCCGGUGCGUUCUCAGCAUAUCGUUAUGAGGCGCUGCAAAACGAUGCCAACGGUGAGGGCCCACUUGAAAAGUAUUUCAAAGGAGAAAAGCUAGAAGGCCAGGGCGGUAUCUUUUCGGCAAAUAUGUAUCUCGCCGAAGAUCGUAUUCUUUGUUGGGAACUUGUUGCAAAACGCAACUGUAACUGGGUACUAAAGUACGUCAAAUCGGCCAAGGCCCACACCGAUGUGCCCGAGCAUCUCAGUGAGUUGAUUCUUCAGCGUCGUCGUUGGUUGAAUGGCUCGUUUUUCGCGGCAAUCUACGCGCAAGUCCACAUGUUUGGUAUUUGGCGUACGUCGCAUUCUUUGGCUAGAAAAUUGUGGAUGCAUAUCGAGUUCCUGUACCAGGCAAUCAGCUUGAUUUUCUCUUGGUUUUCGAUCGGUAACUUUUUCCUCGUUUUCAAGAUUCUCACUGAGGCGGUUGGUGACCCGAGCAUGGACUUUGCUCCGGGCCACGUCCUGUCGAUUGUUCUCACUUGGGUCUACGUUUGCUGCCUGGUUACCAUUUUCGUUCUUUCUUUGGGGAACAGACCAAAAGGCACACAUUAUUUCUAUGAUAUUAUCGCUGGCUUCUUUGCGGUGUUGAUGGCGUACAUCUGUUUCUCGGCUAUCUACGUUGCCGUUCGAAGUGUCGAGUAUGAAAUUUGCAAAGACGGCGGGUUCAAGCCGCAAAUGAUGGUUUUGGAUAAGACGUUCCGUGAUUUAAUCAUCUCAUUACUCUCGACUUAUGCCCUUUAUAUUAUUGCGUCCCUUAUCUCUCUUGAGCCUUGGCAUAUGAUCACGUCGUUCCUGCAGUAUAUUUUGCUCAGUCCCGCCUAUAUCAAUGUUUUCAAUGUGUAUGCAUUCUGCAAUACUCACGAUAUUUCUUGGGGUACCAAAGGAGACGAUAAAGUCAAACUUGACUUGGGUGUGGUCAAAGCGGACGAGAAAGGCAAAGCUGAAGUCGAGUUGCCCACAAGCUCUAGUGCGGUCGACCAGUAUUAUGUUGACGAGAUCAAUCUGCUCUCCUCACCGCCGCUCAAGGUCAAAGAGGAGCCUUCGGCCCAGGACCGUCACACUGACUACUAUGCCUUCUUCCGUUCGAGUGUUGUGCUUAUCUGGCUGUUUAUGAACAUUGCUCUUAUUGCGGUUGUUCUCAAUGUAGGUGGGUUUGAAGACAUUACAAAAACAAGCUCUUCAACCGCUACAGCCACAGCGACUCCUGCUGCUACGGCAGCGGCUGCAAUCAAACUAGCGGUGCGGGAUACUUGUAAACCGGUCAACACUGCCACCACUCAAACGACUGAAAUUUAUUUGGCGGUGAUUCUGUGGUCGGUUGCGGGUAUGGCGGCCUACAGAUUCGUGUGCUGUGUUUUGUUUUUGGCCCAGUGGGUCAUUGGUCACUAUGCCUGCUACUUGGCUAUUGCUAUCUGUGCUACCUUUGCGCGUACACCGUCAGUCUUCUGGCCGCCAGACCCGUACUUGUGGCCUUCUUUUGAGUAUUUAUGCCCUCGCUAUCGACGACUUUCCAGAUUACCUAAAAUGAGAGCGGUUAUUCAAAGAGUCAAACAGGCUUCAGUGACCGUCGACUCUCAAGUAACCGGCCAAAUCGGACGAGGUCUACUGGUUCUUGUGGGAAUAUGCCCGGAAGAUACCCCAGAAGAUUGUGAAAAACUGGCCUCAAAACUGACCAAGAUGCGACUUUGGCCUGACGAAAACAAUGGACAAUGGAGAAAAUCCGUGGUAGAUAUAGGGGGAAAAGUACUAUGUGUGAGUCAGUUUACAUUGUAUGCAACAGUGCAAAAAGGUACCAAGCCUGAUUUCCACGGCGCGGCCAAGGGAGACGGUGCAAUCGAACUGUAUAAUAAGGUCAAAGAACUUGUGGCCAAAGGUAUGCCCAACGGAGAAAACGACUCAAUGACGGUCCUGUGA